GAAUCAUAAAAAUGGAUGCAUUGCUGCUUAAUAAUAUUGACAUCAUCGGUCAGAAUGAAUGCCGAAUAUGCUGACGAAAAUAAGAACAGUUCCGAAUUAUUUCAAGUCAAUUCAUCAUCAGAUUCCGAAGCAAGCAGCGUCUGUACAGCUUUAGAAAAUUAUAAUUCCGGUUCGUCCAGUAAUAUUUGUAGUAAUUCUUUUUUAAGAAAUGUGGAAAAAAGCACAAACAAAGAGGAUAAUGCCAACCCAAAUACUAAUUUACCGUACAAGCAAGCCGAAUUGCUUCGCAACCUAGAAAAUGAAGAUAACGCCAACAUGUCUUUCAGGUCGACUGAAAACAAGGAUGACACGUCCAAACAAAUUAUUGACAACUUGAUCAACAUAAAUCAUGCGCUGAAGCUACAUCUCGAGUUAAAUGUGUUUGAUAUGGACGAAGAAUUCAAGGUUGCUGCCGAGGUUUUUAUGAUGAUGCAUAAUUCGAUGACAACAAUUAUGGGAUUAUUAGUACUCUCUUCCAAAAAAAUAUAUUUCUUGAAGCUGGGAGAGAACUUUAGAGACGAACCCAAAAAUUGUGUCACCGUGAUGGAAAAGAAAAAUCUGAAUCAACUCAACUCGGUGAAUAUACUUCUGGGAAAUCAAGGUUUCACUCUGAACUGGAGCACGGAGAAAUAUCACACCUGUCUCUUUAAGGAUGCCGAUCAUUGCAAUUGUUUUGUGACAUACUUUACAGAUUUCAUAGAAGAGAGCAAGUGUGCGUGUCCGAUGUUCCGUACUUCUGCAGAAACAAAUUUGCAGCAAGUGGUUCGAGAAGUCUUCCUGGCCGGACUGGGCGACAAAAAGUAUCUGCCUGACGACGUGGACCUGGAAGUUUUGAUGUUUCUUUUGAUCGAGAGUUGCUCUUUAGAUAAAGAUGGCAAUCAUCCAGUGGCCAUCGUUGCCAGUUCUACGGAAAUCUGCUUAACGCAAAUCCUGUUUGCCAAGUGGACCAAGUCGACCAAAUCCUUUUGUCCGGUGGAACGUUACAGACCGGUGGCCAAGCAGAAAAUCAUAAAUAUCGUUUCUCUGCAUCUGUGUUUGGAUACGUGCAAGGUAGGUCUUCAUUUUCUGGACGAAGACGCCAACGACGAGUUCUGUUGGUCGCUCAGGACCAAAACCCGUACCACCCUUUAUUCCCUCUUCAACACCGUCAAGGAAUUGUGGGAGAAACAAUUCGGAAUCGAACUGAUAUGCACCGAGGAUUGUAAAUACAAUUCGGAAACGACCAAAGAAGAAGCGGCAACGAAAUUUGUAUUAUAAAACUUUGUAUUAAAUACACAAAACUAAUUUAAUAACCACUGUAACAGGGAUUGUAACCCGGAAUGAAUAAAGU